AAUGAACAUUUUGCAGAAGCAAUUGAACAAAAUAGAUCAACGAAGUCCAAGAAACGGAAGCAAAAGAUUAUCAUUGCCGUAAGCUGUGUGUUAUCUUUUGGAAUUUUGAUCCUAUGCUUGGCCUUCAUAAUCUAUGGAUGGAAGAAGUAUCACAAAGGAAAGAUAAAAGAAGAAACAGAAUCAGGUGCAAUAAAUAGUCACCAUGAUGAGGAUGAUCUGGAACUGCCCUUAUUUGAUAUGUGCACAAUUACUUCUGCAACAAGUAAUUUUUCAAGUGACAAUAUACUAGGGACAGGUGGUUUUGGAUCAGUUUAUAAGGGUAUCUUGGAAAAUGGACGGGAAAUAGCUGUCAAGAGACUUUCACAAAAUUCAAGCCAAGGACUCCAAGAGUUCAAAAAUGAAGUUAUGCAUAUUGCCAAACUUCAGCACAGAAAUUUAGUGAAGCUAUUAGGGUAUUGCAUUCAAGCAGGGGAGAGAAUAUUGAUUUAUGAAUUUAUGCGCAACAAAAGCUUGGACUUCUUUAUAUUUGAUUGUGAGAAGGGAAAGCUUCUAGACUGGCCAAAGCGUUUUCUUAUUAUUAAUGGAAUUGUUAGGGGUCUUCUCUAUCUUCAUCAAGAUUCAAGACAUAGAAUAGUUCAUAGAGAUCUUAAGGCUGGAAAUAUUUUGUUAGAUGACGAAUUGAAUCCUAGAAUUUCAGACUUUGGACUAGCAAGAAGCUUUGUAGGAAAUGAAAACCAAGCAAAUACAAGGCACAUUGUUGGAACUUACGGCUAUCUGUCACCGGAGUACAUAGUUGAUGGGAUAUACUCAACAAAAUCUGAUGUCUACAGCUUCGGAGUACUGGUGUUAGAGAUAGUUAGCGGGAAGAGAAACAGAGGAUUCAUCCAUAUUGAUCACAAUUUUAAUCUGCUUGGGCAUGCAUGGACACUUUUCUCAGAAGGCAAGUGCUUACAAAUAGUCGAUCCAUCUAUCAAAGACUCUAUUGAUUUGCCAGAAGUCCUAAGAUCAAUUCAUGUUGGUCUGCUAUGCGUGCAACUAAAUUCCGAGGAUCGACCAAGCAUGUCGUGUGUGCUUACGAUGCUGAGUAGUGAAUGGGCAUUGCCUCAGCCAAAGAAGCCAGGGUUCUUUAUUGAGAGAGAUGUGGUUGGUAACCGUUCUUCGUCAAGCAACAAUAAACUACUGUCUGUUAAUAAUCUAACAGCUACUCAGGUCUGUCCCCGAUAGAUUUUGAUUCAAAAUUGAUAGGUUCAUAGAUUAUCACAAUGAUAAGCCAAUUCAAUAUACAAUAAUAAUUAAUAAAUAAAUAUAGCAUUUCAUGACAUAGAGAAGUGUUUAGU